AUGAUCAACAUCAAUCGGAAGAAAUUCAUAGCAUUUCAGCGUUCCAAUACAGUAUCAAUUUAUGAUCGAGUGGCUUGCGCGCUUUGCGCGCUAGCAACUAAUGCCCGAAUCUGGCUUCGUCUGAACGGCCCAGGGUGCAGCGAGCUGGCGCACGCAAGCAGCAACCCCCAGGCCGGCGGCGGCGGCGGCCGCAGCCGCGCCGAUCCGGGCGCAGGCACGGAUGCCGAUGGCGAGAAAGUGCUGCAGCGCACGUCGUCGCUGCUGCAGAACAAGGCCUUCACAGACGUCACCUUCAUCGUGGGCCCGCCGUCGGCCUCCAAAAAGUACGUGGGCCACCGCGUGCUGCUCGCCAUGACAAGCCCGGUCUUCGAGGCCAUGUUCUACGGGGACAUGGCGGACAAGUCCAAGGUCAUCCGGAUCGCGGAUAUAGCCCCCAUCGGCUUCGAAAACUUGCUCAGGUACGCAUACACGGACAACCUCAAACUUCAGACUGUGGACGACGCCAUGCUGACCGCGUACGCCGCAAAAAAAUACAUCCUGCCACAUCUUCUACGAGACUGCUUCGCCUUCAUCGAGAAGCACGUCACCCCGCAGACGGUCUGUCAGGUGUUCGAGUUCGCCCAAGUCAUGGAGGCCUUCCCGCUCGUCCACCAGUGCCUCAACAUCGUGGACCGGCAGACUUACCACGUCCUCACUUCGCCAAACUUCCCCAACGUGGCCCUGCACACGCUGGAGACCAUCGUGCGGAGAAAGUACCUAAACCUUUACUCCGAGUACGCCCUCUACUCGGCCGUGGUUCAGUGGGGACAAGAAGAAUGUUCGCGGAGGAACCUCGAGAAGGACAUGGACAACGUGCGUGGCGUCAUCGAGUCCGUCCUGCCACUCGUCCGCUUCCUCGCCAUGAGCCCCGAAGAGUUCUGCAAGGGACCGGCGAAGAGUGGACUCCUUUCAAAGGAAGAAUGCUUCUCGGUCUUCAUGAACAUGGCCAUUCCGGGCAUUGUGCCUCUUCCCAAGGGGGUCAGCAUGGAAGGCGCCAAGAGGACAUCCCCGCCGGAGUAUUUUGUGGCACGUCGCUACCAGGCGGUGUCCUUCCACGCGCCAUCCAGGCCUCUGCGGCUUUUCGGACUCAAGUUUACGGUUCCAACUCGGGACGUCUUCCUGGUAGGCAUCGGGUUUCCCGUCCGACAAGAUCUGGGCUCGUACAGCGUGCGCCAACCCAAGUUCGAAGGUCAGUUGCGCUGCAGCUAUCGAGUGCAGGAAGACCGUAAGGAGCGAGACGAACUGGAUAUUUCGUUCACGCUCGCCAAGGACAAAGACGUUCGUAUCAAGUUUAAGAAACCCAUCUUUGUGAGGAAGGGUCUGGAGUACGAGCUAGAGCUCCAACUGAGCGCGCUCAUGAGCGACGACGUGAUUGUGCCUUCGCUCAAGAACCGUAAGAAAGAGGACACGGUAGAAGGUGUCACUUUCCAGUUUGCUGCCUUCCAGAGGCCGCAUAUGUCCAACGUCCUCGAGAUCCUUGAACUUUCGGAUCUUCUAUUCUACUACUAG